AAGAUCAACGGAAUGUGUUAAAUGUCCAUUCUAUGCACCCACCAAUCCCUUAGAAUCAGAGUCCGUUCUAUUGCAAGAAUGCCUCGCCUACGUGAAUGGCACAAUUGUUUACCGCGAUGAUAAUGAAUAUUAUGAAAGUAUUAAAGAUUGCAAUUGUAGAACUAUUUAUUAUCCAAUUGCGGUUGUUUAUGUAACGGAUGUUUCAGACAUUCAGGAAGUAGUAAAUUGCGGAAAUAAGUUGGGAAUUUCAGUGGUAGCACGUUCAGGAGGACACUCUUUUGAGGACUAUAGCUUGGGUGGGAAGGACGGAGCGUUGGUGGUGGACUUAAAGAAUUUGAAUCAGAUUUCUAUAGACCCCAUCGCACACACGGCUGUCAUAGGUACGGGAAACAGGAUUGGACCAAUUUAUAAUGCCUUGAACGAGGCAGGGUUUCUGAUGGCUGCUGGCAGUUGUCCUAGUGUUGGUAUCGGAGGUCAGUCUACUGGUGGUGGCUUCGGAUUCAUCGGACCAAAAUAUGGGAUGGCCUCAGACAAUAUUUUAGCCGCGGAAAUGGUAUUGGCCAAUGGAACCUUACUCUCACCUAUAAAUAAUUCCAGCUAUCCUGACCUCUAUUUCGCAAUAAGAGGUGCCGGUAAUGCAGGAUUCGGCAUAAUCACCUCACUGACGUUUCAGCUAUACCUUAUUCCUCCCAAAAUCACCUAUUUCGACUUAUCUUACAAUAUCAGCCAACGUCAAUCGAUAUUCGCUUCCUACAACAAGUGGGGACCUUUACUUGCCGAAAACUAUUCCUUGUACAUGACAUUCAUGCCUAACAAUCCACUAAAUCCGUGUGCCGACGCUGAUCAGGAAUACAAAUUAUUUGGAUUCGGUACAUUCCUGGGCGACGAAGUAGAUGCACGUAAAGGACUUAGUAAUUUCCUUACACACGCACCACCCGCUGUAGAACCUACGUUCAAUGAGUCAACGUGGUGGGGUACCCUCUCUUAUUUUGCGGGAGCCGGAAACGAUAGCGCCAUCAUUUAUCCUAGCUUCGAUCCAGAACCGUUUAAAGUAAAAUCAUUCUUCAUUGACCCACCUGGCCUUUCUGCUGAAGGAUUGGAGGCACUCUAUCAAUUUGUAAACUCGGUAAAAUGCAAAAUUCUCGUGAUGUUUGAGUUGUACGGUGGUGGUGUAAUAAAUAACAUCAAACCAGAUUUGACCGCGUUCAUGCAUAGGCAUUCACUGUAUAUGUUGCAGUUGGAGAUGAAAUUGAAAGGAAUUACAGAUCAAGCGGUGGUCGAUGAGUGCUUAACAGAUCUGAGAGUGUUUGCCGAAGAAUUCCAGGAUAAGCAUACAUCAUAUUAUAGUUAUCAAAAUUACAUGGAUCGUGAGUUGGUGGAUUGGGAGCAUCGAUAUUACGGCAUGCAUUUCGAAAAGUUGGUACAGAUCAAGGCCAAGUAUGAUCCGUAUGAUUUAUUUAAUUGGCCGCAGAGUAUUCCUACUAGUUACGGUUAG